CGCUUGCCGUCGUUAAGGAGGCUUACAAAGACGAAGCCCUGUCAAGGGCCCAGGUUUUUUGGUGGUUCAGUGAGUUCAAGAAUGGACGGGAGACAGUUUUGAGACAUGGAGCAAUCUGGAUGCCCUUCAGCGAGUGGCUUGGAUGGAAAUGUGGCCAAGGAGCAGUUCACCAGCAGACAUGUCGUGGGCUCCAAGUGCUCCAGCCGGCUACUAUCCGGAUAAAGAUCAGCAGGGAUACUAUGCGGGCCAGCCGCAGUAUCCGCCUGGCGUAGGCCAGCCUCCAUACCCCAUGAACAUGGGGCAGCCACCCUACCCACCUGGCACGGGGCAGCCUCCCUACCCGGCGGGCCCAGGGCAGCCGGCGUAUCCCGGGGGCUACCCGUCUGGCCCUGGCUACCCACCGCAGUACACAGCGACUGGGGUGCCUCCCGCAGCACCUGCUUUCACCCAUAGCACUAACGUGGGGUUUGCAUCCAGCCCGCAGGCGGCCAUGUACGGCUCGUCAUACAGUGAGGACCCAGGAGACCAGCACAUGGAGAACUUCGACUUCAGCGACAAGACCAUUCGCCGCGGCUUCAUUAGGAAGGUGUACUCAAUCCUGAUGGUGCAGCUGCUAAUCACGCUCGCCUUUGUGUCACUAUUCACAUUCCACGAGCCCACCAAGAGGUUUGUGCACAAGCACAGUGAGAUAUGGUGGGUGGCGUUCGCUGUGAUGCUGGUGACGCUGAUAGCUAUGGCAUGCUGUACGAACGUACGCCGCAAGGCACCCAUGAACUUCAUCUUCCUGUUUCUCUUCACUGUGGCGGAGAGCUUCAUGCUGGGUGCUGUUGCCUCCACGUACAACGGAGAUGCGGUGAUGAUGGCAGUGGGGCUGACGGCAGCUGUGUGUCUCGGCCUCACGCUGUUCGCCUUCCAGACAAAGUGGGACUUCACGGGCAUGGGCGGCAUCCUGCUGGUUGCAGUCAUCAUUCUCAUGAUCUUUGGCAUCGUCGCCAUGUUCGUGCCGGGCAAGACCAUAACACUGGUGUAUGCAUCCCUGGGCGCGCUCAUCUUCUCCAUCUAUCUGGUGUACGACACGCAACUCAUGAUGGGGGGCAAGCACAAGUACUCCGUCUCACCAGAGGAGUACAUCUUUGCUGCUCUCAACCUCUACCUGGACAUCGUCAACAUCUUCAUCUACAUUCUCACCAUCAUAGGGGCGUCCCGCGACUGAGCGAUGGGUGGUCACCUUCCGUCCCGCUCCAUCACAAGACUGAUGUUCACCCGCUGUUACCGUCUUGGUUCGUGACACUUUGUUGCUGCUUAACUUCUGCUUUCCUGGCUAGCUGCGCCAAUCACGACAGUGCCUCGAAUUGAAUGCUGGGGCCGGAGAGACUGACAGUAUUUUUAUUGUAGGUUUAGAUAGAUGUUUGUUUUGUUGAGUGAAGUCAUUUUCAGCAGAAGGCACUUGGUUUCUGGUCUCGUGCCCUAACGUGUGGUUCUGUUGGAAUUGUAAUGUAUGUUUCUAUAUUAACAAGUCAGUGCCGCUCCAUUGAACAGCAUAGUUGGUGGAGAUGAUGCUGCCUACGAGACUGGCCAAAGCCAGGGUGGCCAAAGUAUUGCAUUAGUCACAGAUGAAAAAUACUCAAGUUUAUUUAUUGUUCUUGGCUAAUAAAUAAAUAUGGCUACCCCUUAAUAAAAUUAAAUCAUGCUUUCAAACUUCUAGUAAAAUAAUAUUUUUUCCUGUUUACUGGUUACAGUUUUAGUCAAAACAAUUUUUUCCAAUUUAAAAAAGAAUAAUUUGCCAAAGCACAUUAUAUAUAUACACACAUAUAUAUAUACAUAUAUAUAUUCAUAUAUAUAUUCAUAUAUAUACACAUAUCUAUACACACAUAUAUAUAUGUAUGUAUAUAUACACAUAUCUAUACACACACAUAUAUAUAUAUAUGUAUAUAUAUGUGUGUGUAUAUGUAUAUAUAUGUAUAAAUAUAUGUAUGUAUAUAUGUAUAUAUAUAUAUGUAUGUAUAUAUAUGUAUGUAUAUAUAUACAUAUAUACAUAUAUAUACACACAUAUAUAUAUAUACAUACAUAUACAUAUAUAUGUAUAUAUAUAUAAAUCUUGACAGACUUGCAGAGUUCAAGGGGUGUCACUACACUAGAUAAGGCCCGGCACGAGGACCCUGGCUGCAGCCGUCUCGGCAGUGGUGUUGGGACACCGGUAAGUGGAGCUUUGUAGUGCUCCUUUAGGUCAGUGUUCUUCGAGCUGAGACCAUAUAUGGGACAGGAUGAGAGUCCUCUCGUCAGGAAAUAAAAUAUAAACUAUGCAAAUAAUUGUUACAAACUAUUGCUGAAUCAUCAUUGUUCUCGUAUGUAUGUAUGUUAAACUUUUCAGCACUGUGUACAUAUUCAUGCAUUUCUAGAAUUAAAGGUAUUAUUUAAGUGUUCUGUGUAUUAUUUCCACUUGCAUUGUUAAACAAAAUAUACAUGUCUUACCUUUACAGGAAAAGGGGGGGGGGGGGAUACUUAAACUAUCAUGUAUCUGCCGGUUGUCGCACUCGUACCCUUGCUAGUUAAUGGUCAGUUACACUUGUUCCAUAGUGUUUUCUUGACAAAUACUUCAGCUAGCAUUCGUACUUUGACAGCUAACUGUUGACAUAAUAAACCAAAUAAACAGUUCAUGUUGCACCAGACUAGCUUAUUAUGUAUCAAUAAGUAGUUUAGUAAUUUUAUAAGAGUAUUCAGCUGUGAAAGUUUGAAUGUUCGCUAAAUCACUUUUCAUAAUUCUUUACUUAAGAAUAGUUGGUGUCAAUAUUAUUUCCACCUUGGCAUUACUAAAAAGAAAAUGUUUCUGGUUUUUAACUUGUGUACUAAGCCCCAGCACAAACCAGUCUUAAUGUAAGAUAACGCAUUAUCAUCGCAUAUGGAAGUGAAUCUUGUCCGUUUACAGUGUCAUCCUUUUAAUAGAUAUCAAAAUUUCUUUGUGCCAAAAUGUUUAACGGUCUGAAUUUGAGAAUAUAGUUUCUUGAAGGUUUGUUUUAUAAGCUUAACAAAUGUAAUCUUGUAUGUAAGGGGCACAUGUGAAGGUGAGGUAACAUUUGGAUAGUUAAGGCUGUACUGUAUUAGGGUUAGACUUGUAUAACACUACAAUGUAUGUUAAUUGUAUAGUUUUGGAAGUAGAGAUGUUAAACUAUGUACAGUGAUUAUUUUGAUUUUUAUUGUAUAAUAAUUAAUGAAUGUAAUGUUUGCUUUCUGAAAUUUGAAUAAACAAAUGAAGUGUA